AUGACAUCCCGAGCAUAUGUCCGCACAGGAGACAUUAAUAGGCUGAAUGAUAUUUGGCACGUAGCUGGAGUGUUGGACCUUGAACGACCACGGUUACUUUUGCCACGCCGUGUGACGCUAGGUCUCCCGCCGCCACCCAUCCUGCUUCCCUAUAUAAGGGAGGUUGAACUUGGGCAUGCACGUGGUCAGCGCGCCCAUAGGGACGGUGGGGAUCCUCCUGAUGCAGACCAGCAGUUGUCAGAUGAGGAGGCUGAGUACGCCCGACAGGAGGAGGUACACGAGAAUGUCAUUCCCGAUGCGCAUGCAGAGCAUCCCUCUGACGCAUUCUUCGCUGACCAUAAGGCUGACGUUGCUUCGAGGCUUAUGCCGGGUACCUCAGCUGACCACCCGACUGAUGAUAGAACUUUGGAGCAGCCCCAGUUUGACAUUAGAUCCGAUGAUAUGAUGGACAUCGAUGACAUGUUCGAGAUCCUCGGGGCACCCAGUCAUGCGAUGGAUGCCUUGGCCAGUCAUUAUCUCCACAGGAGAGACGACACCGACAUACCAGGGACGUCGAGCAGUGUUUCCAUCUGUCAUGGGACAGCUCCUCCAGGGCACUAUCAGACUCCUCCUCCACCACCGCACCAAUCAGGUUCUGCUCCGUCGCCCCACUUUCAGACUCCAUCCCUGCCACCGCCGACUCCACCGUCCGGUACUGUCUGGAGAUCACCUCGUACGCCUCCUCCCAUGACUGUAUCAGCUCCUCAUCCUCCCAUGACUGUAUCAGCUCCUCCUCCGCCAUCAUACCAGCGUCCACCACUCACUUUCAGCCAGCCAGGUGUUCGUUCUCAUCCAUACUGUCCUCCCAGGGUGUCCCGUCCUCGUGGAUCUGGGACUGGACACCACUUGGAUCCUGCCGCUGGACGGCGUUAG